AUGUUGUCUAAUGAAGAUCAAGAUCUACCGCAUACACAUCUUCAAUUCAUUGGAGAUCUACCAUGGAAUAAGUACCUAUGGCUUAUGACUCGAAUUUUUGUUGCUGAACUUAUUGGCUCAGCUCUUUUCAUCCUACCAUCAAAUAUCAUCCCUUCUCCAACGGGUUGCGAACCUCUGAUGGCAGGAAUAGCAAUGGGAGGCGUAUUUUAUGUCUCGAUCUGGAUAAUUUAUCCUAUUAGCGGUGGUCACAUCAAUCCCAUCAUUUCCUUGACAUCAUUUCUACAACAGAAUAUCAACCUGAGUCAUCUACUGGUCUACUGGCUUGCCCAGUUUGUGGGAGCUUUUCUGGCCAUGAUAAUUGGAUUGAAACUCACUCCCUUUGGACACCAUGGAACGAAAUUGCAUUUGAUACAACCAAUGCCUAGUGUUUCAGCAGGACACGCUUUUGUGGUUGAGCUUAUUACUGGAAGCAUUCUUGUCAUUGUGUACCUCUCUACGAUAGACCCAAAACGACCGAAGAAUUGGGGCCUAUCAACUGGACUUAAUAUGGUUCUACCCUUAAUGUCUGCCAUU